AGGAGCCUCAUCCGUGCAUCGCGGACCUCUCGGAUCACACCCCCCGUCCGCAUCUCUGCAUCUCAGUACAACCUCACUCGUCCCGCUCACUCAUUCACUCACUUCAAACGAGUGUGUGUGUCCCUCACUCACACACUUACGCGUGCCCUGUAUCACACACUCUCACACACACCCGCGGUUUAUAGACCGCGGUGUAGCCUUCCAAGAUGCGUUUCCACUGCAUGCCCCUCCUCUACGUCCUCUCCUUCUUCCUACUCGUCUCAGCCCUCUUCUCCGUCCUCCUCUCACUAGCCCCCUGCUUCGUCAAGUCCAAGAACCACUGCUACCGCGGCUAUGAAUCCCACUACUCCUUCGACGUUGACAAGGCCGACCACGCCGAAUGGAUGAAGGCCAUCCCGGAUGAGGCCAACCUCACCUCACUCUCGAUCCCGGGCACCCACGACACCCUCACCUACGACCUCACCAACCAGGUCUUCCAAUGCCAGAACCACAACCUCUCGGCCCAGCUGCACGCCGGCAUGCGCUACCUCGAUAUCCGGGGCCGCCUCGUCAACGACUCCAUAGAGAUCUACCAUGCCUCCAUGUACACGGGCCACUCCUACACGGAAGUCCUUCUCACCCUCUUCGACUUCCUCGACGACCACCCCAGCGAGACCAUCGUCAUGCGCCUCAAGGAGGAGGGCAGGCCCCUCGGCACAAAUAGCAUGACCUUUGAGGACGCCUUCAACUACUACCUGCACAACUCCACCGCCACCUCCCCCGGCGCCAAAUCUCACUUCCGCAAGCACAACCCGCGCAAACCCUACCCGACCCUCGGCGCCCUCCGCGGCAAGAUCUUUUUGCUGCAAAACUUCCCCUCCAAGGGCCCCGAGUCGCCCUACGGCGUCAUCUGGGAGUCAGCCGACAUGGUCCUGGAGGACCUCUGGAUCAUCCCCAACGUCGAGCAUCUCUACAUGAAGUGGGAGGCCGUCGAGAACGCCCUCCGCCGCGCCGCCACGGCCAAACCGCACGCUAACCGCGUGCUCUACCUCGCGCACCUGAGCGCCAGCGUCGGCGUGCUGCCCAUCGAGGCCGCGGCAGGGAACCUGAACCGGACGGUGGCCGGCAUCAACGACCGCACCGGCGACUGGCUCGCUGCGACGGCGGACCGGGGGGACAGCGGGAAGACGGGUAUCGUCAUUAUCGAUUUCCCCGGCAAGGAGCUGGUGGAUCUGGUGCUGGCGCGGAAUAGACCGCUAACGGACCGGAGUGCCGAAUUGUGAGAGGCCCCGAAUGUAGAGCUAGAAGUGUAACCUCACCCCUGGAGCGGAUUUUGUCGUAUAUCAAGCGUAAUACCAUUGU